AUGAAAAAGCAUAGAUUAAAACGAUGUUAUGCUCGUUGUUUGACACAAGCUGUUAUCAAUAAUCAAGAUCCUAGGAUAACAAAAUUAUUUAAUGAAAAUGACGAUGUAAUUGAUCAUUUAUAUAGAGUCCCAUGUCAACAUCACAAAAUUGCAUUUAGUGCAUUAAAAUCUCAUUUUCGACAUUAUCAUCAUGUUUCUGAUGCAUUCGCACAAGAUUUAUUUGAUUGUUUCGAAGAAAUUCGAAAUAAAAAUGAUACUACUUCGACCUAA